CAAGGCUCAAGCGGUCAAUUGCAAUCCGUAUUUGACUAGUCUUUUCUUUCUCCCCUCGGCCUGCCUCCCCAUCACCUCUGCCCCUUUGUCAACUUCCUAAAUAAUCCUAAAUCAUCAGGUAACUGUGCAUUUUGGCCGGUAUAUCCUCCCAUAUAACACUCUACGUUGUAAAUAGCAACAAUCGGACACAAUGGUGCGAUUACACAAACCCCCACGAUACGUUCUCGCCAGUAUAUUAUGCUCGUGCGGGGGGCUGCUAUUUGGGAUGGACACUGGUAUCAUUGGUCCCGUAACAGUCAUGGAUAGCUUCGUUUCACGGUUCGGUAGCGAAUCUUCCGCCAUCCACGGGUUGAUCGUAUCCUCUAUCUUGAUCCCGGCCGCAGUUUCUUCGUUCUUUGCGGGGUACUUGGCGGACAAACUAGGCAGACCCAAGGGUAUCAGCAUCGGUGUCCUCAUCUUUGGGAUUGGAGCAGCUCUGGAGGCGGCAGCUGUCCACAUUGCAAUGUUCGUCAUCGGACGUUGCAUUGAGGGUAUAGGCGAAGGCUUAUAUCUGGGCACGCUUGUAGUCUACAUCUGCGAGAUAUCUCCUCCACGGGUUAGGGGCGCCUUGACGACCGGUCCCCAGUUGCUGAUCACCAUGGGAUUGACGAUCGGAUUCUUUACCUGCUACGGUACUUCUCGCCUGGAUUCCUCUUUCUCAUGGCGCACGCCGUUCAUAAUUUUGGCUUGUCUCGCAUUCACCUUCUCUGCGGCUUCCUUCCUGUGGUUGACUCCCUCGCCAAGAUGGUUGACACUUCACGGCCGCAAAUCGGAAGCUACUGCAGUUUGGGAUUACCUCGGUGUUAGCCAGGCGGAACGUGAGAAGGUUGAAAUCGAACAGGACAGCGCCCAGAUUAUUGCGACCAUCCCAAGCAGGGAACGUGCUCCAUCCGUUUCACAAAGUCAGGACAGAUCAAUGAAGCACAAGCUGUUCGACCUAUUUUCCAAAGAUGUACGGACACGCACUGCCUUGGCUGUAUUCCUCAUGGGGAUGCAGCAGCUCAGUGGAAUUGAUGGUGUGCUCUAUUAUGCCCCUUUGCUCUUCGAGCAAGCAGGACUAGCCUCUUCAGACGCAAGUUUCUUCGCCUCUGGCAUCUCUGCAAUCGUUAUUUUCACCGUAACCAUCCCCGCGCUCAUCUGGGCGGACAAGUGGGGCCGGCGACACAGCAUCAUCUAUGGCGGCAUCGGGCUCAGCGUCACAAUGUUCUUGAUUGGAGGACUUUAUGCAGGAAAUGCCGUACAUAGCUCGACUGGCGCAGGCCGGUGGGUGGUUAUUGUCUGCAUCUAUAUCUUUGCAGUCAUUUACUCUCUCAGUUGGGCAGUCGGCAUCAAGAUCUAUGCAGCAGAGAUCCAACCGCAGAGGACUCGCGCAUCGGCAACCAGUUUGGCACAUGGCAGCAAUUGGGCCACCAAUUUCCUGGUGGCACUGACAACACCAAUUCUGCUGUCGAAAAGCAGCUUCGGGGCAUACUUCCUCUUUGGUGGGUGUGCUCUGAUCACAGCUUGUAUCUGCGCAUUCUUCAUGCCCGAAACUAAGGGACGGUCACUGGACGAGAUCGAGGAGGCAUUCAAGUCCAAGUCAUUAGGGUCAAAGACCUUAUUGAAGGCUUUGUGUCCCAUUACAAGGUCAGCUUCGUGAGGCGGAAGUGAAGAGGAAGUAGAAAGAUUCCUUCAGAAUAUGAUGUUCCAUGAACAUGUCAG